GCCCCUGGAGCGCUGCUGACUCUCCUCCAAUCAGAGAAAAGAGAAAAAUUAAAGGAAACAGAUGCUCUGCGCAUGGGCGUGGCUGUUUUCCGACUUCCCGGGUAAAGAUGGCAGAGCGCGGUUACAGCUUUUCGCUGACUACCUUCAGCCCAUCUGGGAAACUUGUCCAGAUUGAAUAUGCUUUGGCAGCUGUAGCUGGAGGGGCCCCUUCAGUAGGAAUUAAAGCUGCAAAUGGUGUAGUAUUAGCAACUGAGAAAAAACAGAAGUCCAUCCUGUAUGAUGAAAGGAGUGUACACAAAGUGGAACCCAUCACCAAGCAUAUCGGCUUGGUGUAUAGUGGCAUGGGUCCAGAUUACAGAGUGCUUGUGCACAGAGCUCGGAAACUUGCUCAGCAAUACUAUCUUGUCUACCAAGAACCCAUUCCCACAGCCCAGCUGGUACAGAGAGUAGCCUCUGUGAUGCAAGAGUAUACCCAGUCAGGUGGUGUUCGUCCAUUUGGUGUUUCUUUACUUAUUUGUGGGUGGAAUGAGGGACGACCAUAUUUAUUUCAGUCAGAUCCAUCUGGAGCCUACUUUGCCUGGAAGGCCACAGCAAUGGGGAAGAACUAUGUGAACGGGAAAACCUUCCUUGAGAAGAGAUAUAAUGAAGACCUAGAACUGGAAGAUGCCAUUCACACAGCCAUCUUAACUCUAAAGGAAAGCUUUGAAGGGCAGAUGACAGAAGACAACAUAGAAGUUGGGGUCUGCAAUGAAGCCGGCUUUAGGAGACUCACCCCAGCUGAAGUGAAGGAUUACCUGGCCGCCAUAGCGUGAUAAAGACGUGCCUGACAACCCAGAUCUCACACAGUCUAUCUAUCUACUUACAUAUGUGUAAAUUACCUUUUGUUUGUGCAGACUUAUUUCUACAUGGUUUAAUGGAGUCACAUUUUUAAAAUAAUAAUCAUAAUAAACUGUCAAAACCAA